AUGGAAUCGCCUCCGGCCCAGGCUGUCUCUGGAGUGCAGUGUGCCCGCUUGCUAGAGCUGGAAGAGCGGCAGCGUCAGCUCAAGCGCCUGUGCGAGGAGGCACUCAGGGAAGAGGAGCAGCAUCAGCAAAUUCUCCAGCAAUUAGAAGAGCACAACACGGCCGCCUCGACGUCUGUUGGGUCGCUCGCGGGUGGCAGCGCCGGAAGCUUUACCGGUGCUGCAGCUCUGCAUGCGAGGCCUCUCUCGCCCAGCGCCGCAGCGGAACCACUCGACGACUUGCUGACAGGCGAGGUGCAGUCCUUUCGUGACCCCAACAGCAUUGUCCGAGACUCCUCCACCGGCAGUGUAGCCGCGGCGCCCUUGCUGCGUGGUGGGUCGUCGUCGAAUCCGCGCAACCCCUCUAUGGACCGGCCGCGCACUCGACUCGACAGUAGCUAUCGACCACCGACGUACCCGCUGCCAACGGCGUCCGCCACACAGCCGCCUCCCCCGCCGCGAGCAAUGCUGUACACUGCCUCUUGCCGGCCUAGAGAAGAGGGAAGCCGGGCAGCCGCAGCGGCCAUAAAUGGCAGCACCCAGCCUUCCAUAUCUGCGCCAGCGAUGUAUUCGUCCCUACCGGUACCCAAGACGUGGUGGCAUGGUGAAAAGGGCGCUGCAGAAAAGAGAUCAGGAUCGAACGCUGCGGCCGCGGCUUGCACGCCAGCCGAGAGAGUCGGCGCCAGCUAUGGCGCGUGCGCCGCGUGUUCCCCGCCCGCGGCGCACGCGCCCCUGUCGCCACCGCCACCGCCGCCGCCGCCGGAGCGCAGUCGCAGCCACAGCGCGAGCUACAGCGGUCCCCUGCUAGAUCGGCUAUGGCGCAGUGAUAUCCGUCCCCACCACGGCAUCCCUCCCCCUCCCCCUCCCCCUCCCCCACCUCCACCAGCACCGAACGCAGUAGAGACCACGGUGUCACCUUUCUCCGUGCGGUACUCGCGGACACUCGGCGCGCGUGCAGAAUUGUCGCCGCCGCUAUCACGGCCCUCACGCUCAUCUGCGCCGCCGUUGGUCUCUCCGGAUGACGUCACGGACAACCUUCCGCCCCCGCCUCCGCGCGCGCACAGUCAUGCCGCUGCCUCGCACAACGUGCAACCCAGCAUGGCAGAUAAGUACCGCAGGUCGCGUAGCUUUCUCAACGCGGACCCGCCGCUGCCACCGCCGCCACCGCCGCCGCCGCCACCACCAACAGCACACAGAGACCUAGAUGACGACUCGAUUUUGUCGACAACUUCAACGGAGCGGGUCAUCGAGCGAUGGAGGCAACGAUUGAGCCGCAGCGAUGCACUCGGGCAGCGUGAUGGUCACUACACCAGUAGCGGGUACGGUCGGAGCGGGGCCGCAGGUCAGCAGCCCUCCAUUACCCUUCCAGGCACAAGGGUGAGCGUCACGUUGGCAGAGCGCCGCACCCCUCAGGCGUCUGCCGCUCCGCUACUCUCUGUUCCUUAUCGCGAGAGCGCCACCAGAGAAGGCGUCAAGGUCGCAAGCCGGGCACCGCCGCCACCACCACCGCCGCCUGUGUCUGGUACGGCUCUUCUUUCCUCACCAGCCCGUUACAGCGAAGGCAUAAACGAAGACGAGUUGCUUCCAAACCGAUGGGAGACGGCGUCAUUGACACCGAGUCUGCGGAGUGCGGAAGAGCGGCGCCUGCGCAGCUACUUCGCGAAACCAGACGGAGAGGCUGACAGUUCAGCUCCGGCACACAAAGACUACGUGAGCUACAGCCGCCAGCGUGUGCCAGAAUCUCGCGAUGGCGUGAAGAACGCUCGAGCUGCACUGCUUGAAACGGGUGGCACGACUUCCUCCACCUCCGCUCCGGCGGCGGCAAGGUCCGAGGGCAGCGUCAGCGCCUGGCAACAAACUUCUCGCGCGGCGGAGCCGCCAUUGCAUCGGCGUUCGACAGCUGCCCCUUUUACCUCCUCAGCACCUUCUGUAACUGAGGUCCCUCCACCGACACCGGCCAAGGCGAAGCCCAAGAAGACGGUCCUUCACCCGUAUGGGUUUCAACAGUCACAGUCUUCCUCGCUCUCACCCCAGCCAGAGCCCAGUCUCAGAAGUGCAGCAGCCAAAAACGGUUGUGGCGCCUCUCGGCACCGAAGUGGCACGCCGGCGCCUCUGUUUUCGACGCUUUCCGCAAAGCAUCAGCGAAGCACCUUGUCCGCCCUGAACGGAAGCAAUCUCGACUCGGCAUGGGGCAGCAGCGGCACCUCGCUCCCUGCGCGGUCGGAUGUCAACGCCGCGGCAACCGUCCCAGCACCGCACACGUCUGUGGCAGCUUCGGACAGCAACUACUUCGACAUAGGACCCGAGAAGGAGGUACUGCUCAGACUGCUGCAGAAAAGCACCCGUGGCGCAUCAGGGAGCAGUGCCGGUGUCGCGCUCCCAGCUACCAGCCGCUCGUCGUCGAUACAGCCGUGGACAUCGUCCUCGGUGGUAGCUAACGUCGCAGGCGGCGGUCAACAAGCUGAGAAAGCACUCCCCUACCCUCCUUCGACCCAUCUGUCUGACAGCAAGCAGACACAGAGCUUUGGUGCUCCGCCCACGAUGACGAUGCUGCCGCCUCAUAGCAAAGACUCAGCAAGGCAGCACUCCAAUUUCGACCUGUCGGUGGGCACGCAGCUCCCGCUCGGCGGAAGCGGCAAGGCAGCCGCUGGGGGAGCACAGCACGGCAACGAGGUGGCUGCGGCGCAGCUGCAGCAGAAAUACGACGCUGCGCAGACCAAGGCAGAAGCUCUGGCGCGGCACUUGGUGAAGGCCAUCAGUGAUCGCAAACUGCUUCAGGGCAGCGUAGAGCAGCUGGAAAUGCUUGUGGAAGAGUGCAAUGCCGAGGUGGGUCGGCUUCAGCAGAUUGUGGAGCAGCAGCACCAAGACAGUGCCGCCUCCCUCGGGGUGCAGGCAGCACUUCGCGCCAAGGAGCGUGAGGUGGCUGUGUACGAGGACGAAAUCCGGCGACUCAACGUGGUGCUGAAUGGACACCUCGCCCGCACGGCCACUGCUGAGCGUGUGGCGCAGGACAGUGUGCAGCAUGGACUGGUGGUGAAGGAGGCGGAGGUGGAGGCGGCCAUGGCAGAGGUAGGUAUGGCGCAUCUGGCGCAGCGGGAGGCGGAGGAGCGAGCCAGCCGGCUGGUGAAGGAACUGGAUACAGCGGUGGAACAGAUACAGUUCCUCGACGAGCGCCUUGCUGAGAUGGAGCGGGCGGCGGCGGCGGCGCGCUUCCAGGCGAUGCCUGGACGCAUCACCGAAGAAAACGACGUGAACCUGGACGGCGGCAACGUCGCUCUCUCACACUUGAGUGCACCAGCGCACAUCACCAUCCCCCCCGACGAAGAAACGCGCCACUGGCCGCCAGAAGCGCGGCGAGCGAUGGCGCAGCUUGCCGCACAGGCAGAAGGACUGCUUUUCAAAAAUGCGGAGGGGGAACGUCACGCCUCGAUGCGGCUGCAGCACGUGGAGAACACCUGCAACGAACUCCAACAGCACCUCCGACAGCGCAGCGAGGAGGUUGAGCGUGCGCGUGAGGCAUGCGAGCAGCUUCGACAGGAAAAGAGCGCGUUGCAGACGGUAGGAGGGUUGUGGUAUCAGCAAUUGCGUGAAGUGAAAGAGGAUGCGCAGCUCGUCUCGGAGAUGGUGCGCACCUCCCGCGAAGACGCGGAGGACGUGUAUCUGUCCUCGAGAAUGGCAGAGGAGCGCGCUGCUGUGCACUGUGCCGCCGCGGCAGCGGCAAGUCCACUGCAGCGCCUACCGAGCUCCGUGCCGAUGGAUCCGGCAACGUUGAAGAAAUCUGCGCAGUUCGCGCAGCAGGUGAUGCGCGAUUUUCAUGCGGUAGCGCGCUUUCUUUCAAGCCUGCGCACUAUGAACAUAGGGGACCGCAACGGGUACCAAAUCCUGCAGGCGAUCGCUAGUGGCCGCAACCCAGCCGAAGCGCUGUACACCGCUGACGACACCGCCACGCCGGAGCGGCUGAGGAAGCUGCUCCGCCCUAACGAAGCGAGUGAGGCAAGGCGCCGCGUACAAGAGAAGAAGGCUCGCGUUCUGUGUGCCGUAGAGCAGGCCUUGAUGGUAGAACCGGUUUCGGCCGCUGCAUACGUUUCGGUGGACACGCCACCCAGCCGCCCCUCCAGCGGCGCCACCAUCACACUCGGUCUGCCGCCCCGCGCGGGAGGGCAACCGCCAACAGCGGAGGCGGAUGAAUGUGAGGUGCCCGACGCCCUCGAGGACGAUCUGGCGAACGAUGAUGAGGUAGAGAUGGAGGUGGUGUCCUUGUCGCUGCACCCAACGCGGAUGGGCAGCCACAGCCUCCGAGACGGCAGCAACGGCAUGGUACACAGCGAUGUGCGCCAGCGGCCGGCGUCCGACUCAGUGACCUCGUUGCCGUGCAACCGAGUGCCGCCAACCGCGUCGGCCUCAGAGGUCAGCUGUGCACCUUCAGCGUUUAGAGCCUCACCGCCACCGGCCCCGCUCGCGUCCGAUGGCAGGCCGUUCUGCAGCACGUCGUUCAUGGGCGGCAACGAGGCCCCCAGCACCGCCUCGACAUCUCGGCCCACCGUGGCCAAAGCGGCGCCGGCGCCCCCCACCCCGCUGCGGUCCGUCUCGCGACCGCUGCGCCUCUCCACCACGCCGUUGCAGCCGCAGCUGGACGGCAAAGAAGAGAAUGAGGAAGAGGCGGUGGCACUCUCUGACAAGCAGUCGAACCCGACUCGCGCGCUAUUGCACACUGUCCUUAGGGCCGACUCGAUGCCGAUCCGCGGAAACGGCGCCGGCGCGGACUUCGAAAUGUCUUCCAUCACCCUCGUGUCAUCCCUCUCUAUGUCGCAACCGACGUCUCAUCAGCAAACGGCGACGGUACAACAGCCAUCGCCGCCGUCGACGCUUGCCGUCACCGCUACAACGCCUGCGGAUCUCACAGAAGGUGCCCCCGCCGCGUGCCCCAAUGCUUCCGUGCCGCUGCAGGUGCAGCAGCAGCACAAGUCCAUGCCCGCGACACAAGAAAGUCUUUCGCCGCCGUCGCGUCUCCGCUCCCCGACCCCCAAUCGGGUGCCUGCGGUGUGGGCUGAGAUGCAUGCCGAGGAAGACCUUAUCACGUCUCCCGUCGAGCGUCCAAAGCCUUCCCAGUCGUUGGCGGACGAACCCCCGCCGCGCGUGGUGUGUGACAGGAACACACAGCAGGUGCAUCUAGGCUCGCGGCCGAAGGACCGCAGCACCACCGCACGUCCGUCCUCUACGCCGCACCCAGGCUCGCUCUCCGGGACGCGCCACGGCUUCGAAGCGGGAGAUGGAGAAACGACUGUUGCGCCGCCGCGACACACAGGCCGCGCCCGUCGUGGGGCAAGCGACGAAAGCAAUGGCAAUGAGGCCACGCUCUUCUUUCGCGAACCGCCUCGUGGUGAAGUGCAGGAGGUGGCCGCCGAGCCAACGUCAAUCCCAUUGCAGCAGCAACACUCUGGCGUAGCGGUGGACCUUCUCAACGAUGGCUUUGCCAUGUCGUCUCGCAGGGCCUCUGCGGCGGCCGUGGCGCCGGCGCAGGCGAUCUCUGUCUCUCCGGAGCACACCUCCGUAAUCGAAGAGGAAGAAGCCGACUUGGAAGAGCGAGUGCCGUCCGCUGGCGCAGCAGCAACGCGCCUUUCGCUGCACCUCGAGUCGCCGCUAAAAGGAGUGCAUUCCGCCACCUCGUCUGUGCCGAUCGUCACUCGUGGGCCUCUGAAGGACUCAACGAUGAAGAAGCCGAGUUCAUCUCGCACUCGCAGUGUCAUCGAAGAUGACGAGCCAUCUUUGAGUUUUUCGGCGCCGCCACCGCCGCUACCGCCACCGCCGCCGGUACAACCACAAGUACGACCGUCACCUUCACAAGAGCAUGCACACGGAGCGCCAGAAGCUGAUGCCUCGGCGCAUACGUCGCCGGCAGAAGCAUCUGUGCGGGGCGCCAGUCACUCGCGAGCGAUGGAGGGCAACGACGGCUCUGCAGCCUCUAUCGGCAACGCCCCGCUCUCCCCGUCGUCCUUGAGCGGCAGCUUUUCAGGCGCACCGCACCGGAUGCUGCACCAACCACGCCGGCCAUCAGCGUCUGAUGUCGGGCCGAGUCUGAGCUCAGUAGGGGGUGCGGUUGCCCCUCCGCGUCUGCAGCGCUCGACUGGCUCGUCGUCAUCGGUAGAGGCCCAGCCUCUCCUGUGCACCGUGACACCCGGGCCAGCGGCUGCAGUGGGUGCCACCGCCAGCGUUGGCCAGCACAGCCGCAGCGGUGGUCGGCCUCCCACGGCGAGCUUGCCGCGUGAACACCCUUGCCCAGAGGUGACGCCCGCGCUCGUGGAGCCGCGGCGCCCCUCCCCGUCGGCGCGACCUGUUUCGGCUGCAAUGCACACAAAUCCUGUCACCCCGGGCGAUCCUCUCGACUCCACUGCGGCAAUGACUGCUGGGCCGCCGCCACUGCAGGAACAGACCUCGCUGGUGCCCGAAAAGGCGGAAGCAUCACGGGCCCGAUCGGAGGGAGUCACUCACGCCGAUGAUUCCCUGCGAUCCAACAGCAAGUUUAGUGCAAACACCAUGCCAGGGACACCUGGAAGUCGGCUUCCAAGCAUCGCCUCUACAGCAGCGCCCGAAAGUCCGAUGCACGUGUUAGAAGAGCCCUCGGCAGCUUUGCGCCUGCCUGGUGAGAUGCGCAGCGACACACCUGGAAACGCGGGCAGUGCGGUCUCGCCUCUCGCUGAGCCGCUGCAGGAGGCUCCUGUGCACGCACGUGAGCUGCCCGCACGCGCAGGAAACAGCGCCGCCCCACGCGGUAGCCCUCACGAGGGAGCGGCACCCGCGCCCCUUCCCGGGGUCAACGUUGACGCACCGGAGUCGAAUACGCUAAACCUGGAACGCGCCCCACCGCGAUCGGCUCCACCCGUCGAAGCCCAGGCGCUAUCAUCCACCAUCUCCACUCCGCGUAGCAGCAGCGGAGGUCGAGAGGGCCCGGCCAGGGUUCGGAACUCGAUCCCGACAGAGCCGUCGGUGUCGGAUGAGGCCGCUGCGAGACGCCGUGCAGAUGUCGCCAAUAUACUGAAGCGCAUAAAGGCGAAGAAGGAGCAGGAGCAAAAAAAGAGUUCUGAGGUGGGCACGCCGACGAGUCCCACAUGGAGUGAAAGCACCUCUUCUGGAACGAAAGACGUCGACUCCGCAUUCAUGUAG